GGAUCACAAACAGAACUUGAUCAGAGUUGGUUUGCCAGGAAAAAGGCCUGUAUUUGCUCAGCUCAUGUCAAUAAUAAUAGUGUUACUGUGUUCUUCAUUUUUUUUGUGCAAAACAUGUGAUCGUGGCAUCAGUGUCCAUCCAAAGCAGGAACUCUUGACCACGUGCCCAGAGUAUUUUUAGUGUAACCAGCCCCACAUUAAUCAAUUAUUCAUGCAAUCAGGAAGUGCAGCUUCUGCGAUUUUAUUAGAACUCAUCCUGCAAUCCAGCGUUUUCUGUUUGUGUUUGCCCUGAUGUCCCACUGUCGGUGCCCUUCGAUACACACUGCAAAGCUUUUAAAAUGAAGGAUUUGCUUGGAGGAAAGCUGCGCUGAUGUCCAUGUGACGUAUGGCGACUCCUGGAGUCUGAAAUUAAAACCAAUUCAGAAGCUCUUUAAAUGUUCACUGUAUGAGUAGAGGUGAAUCCUUGUAUGUGAAGCUUUCCCCCUUCAUGUCAGCUGUAGAGAGGAGUAAACCUGUUUACAUUUGUUUAGUUUGGGGUGUCUGGAGAAUGUUAGAAAUAUUAACUCAUUCACUGCCAUUGAUGACUAAAGUCGUCAUUUAAAAUCCAACCGUUCACUGCCAGUGACGACUAAAAUCCGUGAGAACAAACAUCUCAGCUCUAAAGCCGAUCUUCAUCCGCAUACGUCACGUGAUCAGGAAGCAGAAAAAACAUGUGUCAGGAGAUCGUUUUGGGCCACUGCUGUAAAAAAAGUGAAAAGCUUCUGCCAGUCACAAUUCGACAAUGGAUUAUGAAAGAACGGAUAAUGCUCGAAACGCGCGGAUUCUUCCUGAUGUAAGAGGUGAGUCUCUGCUUUGUUUUGGUUGUUUUGGCGUCGACAUCAUCCUAGCAUGCAACGUUCUGUGACUCUUAAAGAAAACUGAAAAAAACUGUGAGAAACGCUGGCAGCGAAGGCCUUUACUGAUCAGGAAAUGGCUGGCAGCGACUGAGUUAAGUGCUUUGAACAGCCUCAGUUUGUAGAAACGGACAAUAUCUAAGACCAGACUGAUGAGCUAAUGGUUUUUCUGAAUUGGUCCAAGAUCAAAGUGGUUUGUUGUUAUUAAACACCACUAACGUCCAAAAUUUCUAACUAAUUUACACCAGUUUUCUAAAUCCUUCUAUAUUUUUAAAAGUUAAAUUACAUCGUUACUCUGGUAGAAGUUCCUGUUGAAAAUGCUAGCUUAAAAAUGACUACUGAAUUAAAAGGAAAUAUGUUUUAAUACAGACUUGACAGAGAUGUGAUGGUUUGAAAAAGCCGCCACAGUCUUUGCUUGUUUCAGUUGGCAGCAACCCAGUUAGGCUUUGACACCAUUUUGACUCAUCAAUCCACUCAGGCUUGAAUUACAAAUGUGCUUUAACAAAAUCAGCCGCUGUUCCGAAUCAGUUGAUGUUUAGUACGAUUGGCUUGAAUCUGAUUGGUCAGUGAGAUCUGUGGGGAUUUACAACUGCUUCAUUUGCAAACAGCAGCAACAGACAGAACAUUUCACCUGGUUUGUGGACACACUAAUAUCUAGUUUACUGAAGAUGGACUUUUAAAAUCUAUGUAAACACCUUAGUCUGGCAGAGGUCAAACCAAGCUGGACUACUGCUGGCACUCUGAUAAAAUGGUUAAUAAACCAAACUGUUCUGAAUGUAAAGGAUAUCCCAAUUUAGCUGAGUUAGGACCGGCUUAGGCACUUCCCAUUUUGGAAGUGACGAGACCACAGAAGCGGUCUUCUGAUGAUAUCAUCACCACAACGUAGCACCAUCAAACAGUAGAGUAUUGUAAAUGCACUGUGCUGCAGCAUUGUGGAUGUGUCCACUUCUUCAGCUAUUUUCCCAUCCUGCUUUUACUCCUUCAGCUUCACUCCUGCUGGUGUUUAACUAUUUGGGUGAUGCAGUAGGGUGCAUCUCGUCACCUACCGUCAGAGCCAAACAAGCUUCAUUCAGUAAUCCCAUUUUCUAAUGAACAUGCAAAUUAGUAUUAAGUCUCUCAUUGUGGUUUAGGUAUUAGCAUUAGCUCGAUUAUUGCCAUAGCUCGGUUUUGGUGCCGUUUUAAAAUUGCAAUUGGCCAGAAUCUGUAUCGUCUCCAUCCUUCCUCAAACUAAGGGUUGGUGCAUAAAACACGGGUAACGUCAACUCCUCCAGGCGACGCCUUUUUUCCAGCUAUUUUUCUAACAGGAUGUCUGGUUGAAAUGAGCCUCCAGCCAUGGUGUUGCUCCCACUUUAAAUUUGACAAAAUGUCAUUCAAAGAGUAAUCUAGAACAGGCAAGUUGUUAAUGUUCAUAACUUUUCCACACAAGCCCAAAAGAUCUGAACCGCCACUUAAAAGUCUAAUUAAGACUCGUUUAUUUGAUGUUGCUGCUCCCUGGUGGACUCUUGCAUUGGCUGCUCACCUCAAAUCCACCAUGUGUGUUUGUUGUUUCUGUACCCUGAGCUGGUUGCAAGGCUGUUGUAGGACACUCAUUCCUCAGGUCAGUUAAUCCAACGUUUGUGAUUGUAGAUUGUGGGAGAAAACCAGUGAAAGUCCCUCAGAAAUGCGCCAUCUGAGAUUGCAGAUGUUUUUGCUCAUAGACUACCAACUAGCUGAGCAACUAAUGGAUUUAGUAGAUAAAAUAUCAUCAGCAAUAGACAAUAAAAACUAUUUCAUUAGUGUUUUUAUUGACUUGAAGAAGGCAUUUGAUGUCAUUGAUCAUUCAAGGUUACUUCUUAAAUUACAUCGAUAUGGAAUAAGAGGUGUGGCUCAUCAAUGGGUUAAUGGUUAUUUAGACAGUAGGAAACAGUUUGUUCAAAUAAAUGAUGCCAGAUCUGACCUGAAAGAUAUUCAUUGUGGAGUGCCACAAGGGUCGGUCCUCGGACCUAAACUGUUCAUAUUGUUUAUUAAUGACCUUUUAAAUGUAUCUCAUCUACAUGGUACAGUUUUAUUUGCAGACGACACCACAUUGUUUUAUUCAGGAUUAAAUACACAUAAAGUAACUCAAGUAAUAAACAGUGAACUGAUUAAAGUAAAAAAAAAUGGUUUGAUAUAAUUAGACUGUCAUUGAACCUGAACAAAACAAACUUUAUACUCUUUAACAACAAAAGAAGCUGUGAUGUAUCUUUAACGAUAGAGGGAAUGGAAAUUCAAAGAGUAAAAGAAACCACAUUUCCUGGAGUCAUGUUUGAUGAGAGUCUCACUUGGAAAUCACAUAUAAGUUAUAUAAAGGGGGAAGUUGCCAAAGCCAGAGCAGUAUUAUAUAGAGUCAAGUUUCUACUAAACUGGUCUCGGUUAGUAGCGUUGUAUCACUCACUGAUUGAACCAUAUUUAAUUUAUUGUUUAGAAAUUUGGGGAGCCACAUGCAAAACGUUUACACAACCAUUGUUCAUUUUACAAAAAAGAGCAUUGAGGAUCAUUAAUAACAGUAACUAUAGAGAUCACACUAAUCAAUUAUUCAUUAGAUAUAAAAUACUGAAAUUUCCUGACUUGGUAGAGUGGAAAAUUUUGCAAAUAAUGUACAGAGCGAAUACGAGUAAUUUACCAACUAAAAUCCAGAAAAUAAUUCAUAAGAGAGUAUAAGUGGGUACGUGUUAAAAGGGACUGAUGUCUUUAAAAAACCUAAAUUCAGAACCAAAAUCAAGGAAUGUCAUAUUUCUGUAAAUGGUGUAAGAUUGUGGAAUGCCCUUAACAGAGAAAUUAUAGAAUCAAACGCACUUACUAUAUUUAAAAAAUGUAUAAAAUCAAAUGUAUUAAGUAAUUAUGAAAAGGUAAAUUAAAAUGUCAAUGACUAUAUAUAAAAAUUAGAAAGGGAAUGAGAUUAUAUUGUGUAUGUUUUACACAUAAUUUUCUUUGUAAAAAGAGGCAGAAAUUAUAAGAUUUUUCUUCUGUCUGCUCCUUUUCAUUCAAAUGUUUUUUUUCAAUGUGUUUUUGCAUUGUAUUUGCUUGUGUUUAUUUCAUAAAAUUUGAAUGAAUUAAAAAAGAAGAAAAAACCAGUGAAAGUCACUCAGAAAUGCGCCAUCUGAGAUUGCAGAUGUUUUUGCUCGUAGACUACCAACUAGCUGAGACCAUGCUGGUGCCAACAAUAAAGGAGUGUAGCUGAGAUGUGGUCAAUAAGACUAAUACUAAAUGUUUUACUUGUGGAUUUAGCUGAUAAUUGGUUUUCUGGUGCUUUUGGUUGGAGAGUAGGAGCUAACUUUACACCCGAUACGAGGCUGUUGGUAUGAAUCUGGUCUCUCACGCUUCUGCAGCUUCUCAGCUCCGGGUAAAAAAAAAAAACUCGAAUCAAAAUAAACUGGUGAAGUCUCGGUGACUUUGUUCAUCUCUAAUAUUGAAUUUAUGCAGAAAACCAAAUCUGAGAAUAAUUGAGAUCAAUGUUCUUCUUAAACUCUACCAGGAAUAAAGUUUACAUUGUGCUUUUGGUCUGCAGAAACAACAUACUAUAAUAUUCUCUUAGGAGCUGUACACUAAAUAAGGUUUAGUCUUUUUAUUAGCAUUUGAUGUUGUUGCAUCCUGAAUUGCUGAUGCUGCACAAUAUUGCAGCCUGAUUUUGUAUAAAAACAACUCUUAACUGAUUCUGGGUCUGUUGCAGAAAAAGAAAGGAGAACUGCAGGUCAGCAAAAAAUAAAAAUAAAAAAGACGUUCUAAGAAAAUUUUGUAGAUACGUUUUAUUCCCACAGUUACUAUCAGUUCUAGGGACACGUUUAUUUCUUGUUUGAAGGUGUUGAUUUUCCUCUUUCUCACAUAAUUUUUUGAUGCAUUAGCCAGAUGCAACACAGGACAUGCUGGACUUUUUAUAUGCAGGACUCAAAAAUCAGCUCAGGAUGUUUUUAUUGUUUCCCCCUAACUGGAGAUCUGAUUGUGUUUGAGACAAAACAACUGGAGUGUCAGAAUGAAAGUCAAGGUAUCCAUUUAAAGAGCUGCUCUGCUGCUGAAGCGGGCGGUUACACGGGCAAUGGAGACUUGGCAGAAGGCCUCUGACUGUUGCGAAGCAGGAAGUGUGACACUGAGAGCACAGGAAGUGACUGAUGUAGAGCUGUGCUAUACCCUUUUUCUCCAGCAGCAUUUUCAGCUGGUAUCUGUAUACUUUCAGCUAAAUAGAAUCUCUGUUUUCUCUGAUAAACCAAAGAAUGAUCAAUGGUCUGCAUUCAGGCGGAUUCUGUCCAACUUGGCAUGCAGCAGCUACAGAAGCUGCAGUGUGCAGCUAAAGUGUGAAGUGUGACUGAUUUGUGGAGAAAUGUAAGGUUGUAGUAACAAAUAUGCUGCUGUGGCAACAGUUUGGUUAAAUAAGCUUAACAGUGUCAGAAAUACAUAAUUGCUGUCAAAUUUAGGCUUAAAAAAGAAUAAAUUGUGAUAUAAUAUAGAUUUGUGGUUGAUUCGAGUUAUUUUCUAUUUUAAACAGAAAUUUGUCGGUUUGCGAUUAUUGAGAGCCUUUUUUGAUGGUAUUUGUCACUAAUUUACAAGCCCAUGUUUUAAUAGUAAUUUAAGAGAAAAAAAACUACACGCAGAUGCAUUUUUGUUGCUGUUGGAUGCAAAAAUCGGUUAUGCUCCAUUUAAUUCAUUUAAAGGAUAGAAACUCAUCUUAGUGGCCAGUGGGCCAAUGCAUCAGACACACCGCUUUUGAAUAAUUUCCUGCAUAAAGGAAUUGCAGCGUAUCAAAUAUAUGGUGGUUUUGUUUCCAACCUUCCUGUUGGCUUCAGUUGAGACUUCACUACCCUCCCCCCCCCAGCAGGUGGGGAACUGAAAAGGAGGAAGUGGUGUGUGCCGUAUAUAAAUGAUGUGUGAUGAGAAAGAGGAAUCAAGCACUUAUGUCCAUAAGUGAUGUUUUCAGAGACAUUUAGAUGCUGCUAAUUUGGUGCUUUUGUUAGUUGUCAGCUGUAUGUGGCUGCUCAGGUUUUGCCGUUUUAUGAGGAAUGACUUUAGGUGCUUCUUCUACUGUCUUCUGAACCUGCUGCUAAUUCUUCUAUGGACACAGAUUGAGGUACGUCAGCCAGUGACGAUAGAGUGAAACGAAGAGCGGAAGAUGCCAGCCCCGCCUCCCCCACCACCCCCAGGGCCUCCCCCUCCUCCCACCUUCUCUCAAGCAAACACGGAGAAACCGACACUCAAUCGUAACGAGCAGCAGGGAAGGAAUGCUCUUUUGUCUGAUAUUUGUAAAGGCUCUAGACUAAAGAAAACCGUUACAAAUGACCGCAGUGGGCCCUCUUUGGAAAAGCCAAAAGGAGGUGGUGGAGGAGGAGGAGGUGGAGGAGGUGGUGGUGGUGGAGGAGGAGGUGGUUUUGGUGGUGGGUCUCCUGCUGGUUUAGGAGGCCUGUUUGCUGGAGGGAUGCCAAAGUUGAGGUCGGCAGCAAGCAGAGACGGUGACUCUGCUCCCAGUCAAGGACCUGUUCUCCCACCAGGAGCCCGUUCUGGUGGGUCCAGCUCUUUUGGAGGAGGCAGUCCCACUGGACCACCUAAACUCCCAGGUGGCCCUGCUGCUCCUCGGGGUGGCGCCCCCGAACUUCCUAAGGGUCGUGCUAAUUUCCCAACCAGACAAGACACAACCGGAGGACUCCCUCCUCCUGUACCCAACACACCAAGACCUCCCCAGAACUUCCAGUCUCGAGCAGGCCCGCCUCCACCGUCACUCCCCUCAGGACCCAGACCAAGCCCUGCCUGUGCACCUCCACCACCCAAUGUUCCCCCAGGGAGACACGGUGCUCUCCCUCCCCCACCAGUUGGCUGUUCUGCUGGGUCCCGGUCAAGCUUCUCUGCUCCCCCUCCUCCACCUCCAAACAACAGCAGACCCCCUUUACCUCCUGCUCCAGGAGGGAGGCCUCCACUUCCCGACGACCGACCGCCUCCACCCCCAGCUCCAUCGGGGGGUCAUCGACCAUCGAUGCCCCGUGACAUGCCCCCUCCACCCCCGUCUUUCAACUCGAAACCUUCACCCUCCUCAUCCAGUCGCUCCUCAGCAGGUGGGGGCGUGCCUCCUCUCCCACCUGGACGACCAGGCCCUCCUCCUAUCCCACCCAGCCCAGGUGGAGGGGAGGAUCCGAACACUCCCCGUCUACCACAAAGAAACAGCUCGCUCAAUAGUAUCUCCCCCAGCCAUGCUCCAGCACCUCCGCCUGGUCGGUCUGGACCUCUCCCUCCACCACCAAAUGAGAGACCACCAGCUUUUGGGAGAAGCCAGUCAUCUCAGCGCACAGGCCCUCUUCCUCCUCCACCCCCGUCAGGCCGUAAUAUGGGCGGCGGCAGCAUCAGGUCAUCAACAGCACCUUCUCCUGUUGGUCGACCAGGCCCAGAGCCUUCUCGUGGUGGGCCUGGUGGUAGACCUCCCCUGCCUCCAGACAGGCCAGGGACGGGAGGUCCUCCACCUCCUUCAGCACCCAUGGGGAACGGUUUCCAAAACUCUCACCACAACCAAACACAAGAUGAGUGGGAGUAUCGGUUCAUUUUUCACCCGGUGUCGGACCUUCCUCCUCCUGAGCCAUACACGCCCUUCCAGAAGACUUACCCCAGCAAGAUGGCCAAGACAGACAGCAAAGGUCCUGGUAAAAAGGAGAGAGGAGCCCCUCCUCUUCCUCCUAUACCCAGGUGAAGAAGUCAUCACAACCUAUGGACCCACCACGUUUCCUCUCAUGCUUCCAUUUUGUUUUUAUUUUUAUUCUGUUACGCCCAUCGUCCUUCACGUUCAGCGUCGAUGAUGCCGAGACUGCAACGUUGACAAUGGAACUGAGUGCAGUCAUCUAAAUAAAAGCACAGAUUCACAAAUUUGGCUUUAUAUCAUGAUGCAGCGACAGAUUGUUCCUUUUUUAAUGUGCUCUGGAAUAUAAUACAUUUCUAUUUCUAUUUACAACCAUUCUCCUCCAGGAGAAUUCAUGUGGGUGUCCUAGAUCUUUCAUCAGGAGGUUUUAUGAUGCACAUUCAGUUGUUUGCCACUUUUUUUUAUUCAUUGCUAAACUGAGUAAACGGUUAUAAAAUUUUUCUAAAUAUCACAUCACUUACAGCUGUGACGAAUAUUCACAGAGAACAUUUAAAAUUAAUCUGUCAUUUAUUAAAACUUUAAUCAUCUUCCUGUUUGGCUCACUCAAAAGACGGUGAUGCAUAAAUUAAUAAAGCAACAAAGUGCCUUAAGUACAGCUACAGAACAAAGACUUUGAACCAAACUAUUGGCUGAUUCUCAGCUGCUUGAAACAUCAGGGAAAUGUUGGUGUUUACUUAGCUGAAGCCACAUGUGCCUCUGCAGCGUGAAUGUAGACUUUCAAUAGUUUCUGUGGAAUCACUGAAUGGUACGUUUUUUACUUUUUUGUGGGGAAGCAUGUAAAUGAUCAUGGUUUAAGAUCUCUUAAAGGAGAUGUUUGAGGAAUAUUGCUGCAUGAGUGUGCAACUGAGCUGUAUUUUUUUGUUUUUGUUCUUAAGCUCUCGAUUUAGAAUAAAGGGCCUGUGUAAGUAUCUGUAUGAUUUAAUCAAGUGAUACUGAAGGAUACAUAAUGUUGCAGUAUUAUGUUUGCUUUGAAUGUGUUUUUCCCCCUUGCAUUAUAUUGUCUAACAUUUUGUGGAAGACAAUCAUACAGAGAAACUAUUUACGUAAAAUGAUUUAUGAUAAAGGGCUUUUAUUGUACGAUACAUCAAUGUUCCUGAACAAAUGACUUUUUAUAAGGACACAGUGAAUUGUAAGGUCAUCAAAUAGGAAAUGACUUUUGUAAUAUCACAUAAACCAUAUGAACAGUUACAUAUUGGUGCAAUAAAAACGACUAAAAAUAA